AGAGACAGCGGGGGCUUGCGUGGCCGUGGGAGAUCGCGGGAUUUUGUGGGAUUGGUUGUGGGGGAGUGUGUGAGGAGUAGGCCGGUGCAGGAGUUGGCGGACGGUGAGCGAGCACCGCCGGUACAAAACUGGAGUGGUAUUAGCCCUUUAGCCUCGUAGGCUUACAGACAUUCUGGACUUCUGAUUGCAAGCUUCAAGCCUCCAAGCAAAAUGAAAUUGAAGAAGGGUGUUAACCCAAUCUUUUCAUUGUUUUUGCAAUGUAUGAUUGUUGUGUGCAAUCUCGUAUUUAUUCUCCCAUUACAGCUCUUUUGGGGUUCACGGCGUAGACCCAAUAUAAGAGCAAAAUCAAUUAGUAACCAUCCUGCUGGCCCGUACCGAUGUGUGGAGAGUUUAGAUCGUCUACUAGCGAGUCUGUAUGCUGGUGCUGACACCCUAGAUAAAAUUUUUCAGUAUGCCACUGAGGCCUUUAGACACAAGAACUGCUUGGGAACACGUGAAAUUCUUAGUGAGGAAGACGAGAUUCAGCCAAGUGGAAGAAUCUUCAAAAAGAAUUCUUCAGAUGAGACAGCGCAGGAAGAUGACAAGGUCCUAGUAACAGAGAAAUUAAUACUUGGAAAUUACAAGUGGCUCACCUAUGAUGAGGUCCAUCGUCGUGUUACACAUUUUGGGAGUGGAUUGGCUAUGUUGGGCCAACGGCCAAAGGCCAACAUAGCCAUCUUCUGUGAAACAAGAGCUGAAUGGAUGAUAGCUGCCCAGUCCUGUUUCAUGUAUAACUUCCCUCUUGUCACUCUCUAUGCAACUUUGGGAGGUCAAGCAAUUGCACAUGGUUUAAAUGAAACUGAAGUCACACAUAUUAUUACAAGCAAGAAACUUCUGCAAACAAAGCUAAAGGAAAUCCUAAUUAAUGUUCCAAAACUACAGCAUAUCAUAAUCGUUGAUGAUAAACCGACAGCCUGGUCUGAAUAUCCCCGUGGCAUCAUGGUUCACAACAUGGCAGCAGUGGAAGCAUUGGGGGCAAAACCAGAAAAUUUGAAUAGAGCACGGACCAAGCCUACAUCUUUAGAUAUCGCUGUAAUAAUGUACACAAGUGGGUCUACAGGCUUACCAAAAGGAGUGAUGAUUUCACACAGCAACCUCAUUGCUGGGAUAGCAGGAAUGUGUUCUAGAGUUCCUGAAUUGGGACCAAAGGACACCUACAUUGGUUACCUACCCCUGGCACACGUAUUGGAGCUGAGUGCGGAAACACUUUGUAUGGCUUGCGGCUGUUGUAUUGGCUACUCCUCCCCUCAGACUUUGGCAGACCAGUCUGCUAAAAUCAAGAAAGGAAGCAAAGGUGAUACAACAGUACUUAAACCAACACUAUUGGCAGCUGUACCGGAAAUUAUGGAUCGCAUUUAUAAGAAUAUUAUGACCAAAGUGGAAGACAUGAAUAGUAUACAGCGGACUCUCUUUGUUAUUGCUUACAAUUACAAAAUGGAACAGAUGUCCUUGGGUUGUAGCACGCCUAUCUGUGAUUGGUUGAUUUUCCGAAAAAUACGUUCAUUAUUAGGAGGAAAAACUCGGCUCAUUCUGUGUGGGGGUGCUCCAUUGUCACCAUCUACACAAACUUUCAUGAACAUCUGCUUCUGCUGCCCUGUUGGACAAGGAUAUGGAUUAACGGAGACUUGUGGAGCAGGGACUAUUAGUGAUGUAUUUGACUACACCACUGGUCGUGUUGGAGCUCCACUACCAUGCUGUGAGAUUACACUAAAAAACUGGGAAGAAGGUGGAUAUACAGUAUAUGACAAGCCGCAUGCUAGAGGAGAAAUCCUUAUUGGUGGCCCAAAUGUUACCCUGGGAUACUUCAAGAACAAAUCCAAAACACUUGAAGAUUAUUUUGUAGAUAAGGAUGGACAGGCAUGGUUUUGUACUGGCGAUAUAGGCGAAUUUCAAGAUGAUGGAUGCCUUAAAGUCAUUGAUCGUAAGAAAGAUCUUGUGAAGCUGCAGGCUGGAGAAUAUGUUGCCCUGGGAAAGGUGGAGUCUGCUUUGAAGAACAGCCCAUUAAUAGAUAAUAUCUGUGCCUAUGCGAACAGUGAUCAGUCUUAUGUCAUCGGUUUUGUGGUGCCUAAUCAGAAACAGUUAUUAGCUCUAGCUCAACAGAAGGGAAUAAUAGGAAGCUGGAAUGACAUUUGUAACCACCCAGAAAUGGAGAAAGAGGUGCUGAGAGAAAUUACUGAUGCUGCUGCAAUAGCACGAUUGGAGAAGUUUGAAAUUCCGUUGAAAAUUCGACUGAGUCCUGAGCCGUGGACACCAGAAACAGGCCUGGUCACUGAUGCCUUCAAAUUGAAACGGAAGGAACUCAAGACCCACUAUCUAGCAGACAUUGAACGAAUGUAUGGAGGGAAAUAAUACCUGCACUCCACUUCAGCCCAUUAAAUAGGAAUGAAUUCGAAGCAUAAUUACAACUGAGACCAAAAUACAUGCAAUGUUUUUCAAAUCUAAAACCAUAGGAUUAAUUAAUUGGAAGAAAGCAUCACAGUAUCUUAAGUUACCCUGUACCAGAAACUAACUAUUGUUUGAUUGCAAGGUAUUAACAUUUAUCCGGGUCAGGAUUACUAAACCAAUUGAAGCAAAAGUAAUGUUUCUUUUCGUGCUUAUUUAUAAAUUAAAUUUUGUUCAACAAAUGGACUAGGAAAGAAAUGAAUUGUACAUAACUACAUGAUGUCAUGAGCCUCUAAUACAGUGCUGUUCUCGCAUGAUUGUGGAAACAGUAUAGUUUAUUUAUUAUACACGUGUGCAAUGUUUAAAUUAGCCAUGUUUUGAUCUGUGCAGGGCUUGUUCAAUCCAAGAAAUUUCAGGAACUUUUGAUGAAGUUCGUUGAUGGCUGUCUUUUCAGGUAAUUAGCCGAUUCAUAAAGAUCAGCGAGGUCCCAAGUUCAAUUCCUAGACUGAGAGUCUGUGAAGAGUUAAUUGAUCUCCCCAGGAUAGUGAUGUGGAUGCUUAAAUUGUGAAUGAAAAGUCAGUCAAGCAGCAACCCUGAUGGUUAUUCAGUAAUUCUAGCUGGAAAUGUUCAAGUGUCAGCUAAGGACCAAAUUGAACUUGGUUAUGUUGUCUCUAUUCCUAUUCUCGUGGCCUACACUCACUGUCAAUUUCCACAUAUGGAUUAUAGCCACUUGGAUAAGUAUCUGGAACUUGUGGAAUCAUAGCCUUGCAUGUAGUCAAUGUGUUCAUCGAAGAAUAGGGAAAAUGGUCUUGAGGAAAACCUUAAUUAGCACUGAGGUAUAUCGUACAUGGAAGAAAGUUUAUAAAUCACAAACAUUUAAGCCUGUUUUUAUCUAUAUUUGUGCAUUGUAUUUGUUUUAUUAGCAGAUUGAUCGUAAAUUGUUAAUGAAGAAAUAAGCAGAAAACUGCUGUGUAUGACUGCUGUUGAAAUAUUUCAGAAUGGCUGAUGUUUUGCACCUUAACCAAGUUAGUGUGUCUGAAUUUCAUAAAACACAAUAGAAAUGCAUUGUGUAGAAAUUCAUUGUCAAUCAAACUUAAAAAAAUCCACAUGAUACAAAGAUUCAGACAUUUUGUUACAAUGUGAUUGUCAUUGAUUUUUAAGAAAUGUUUACAUCAUAGAUCAAGCUAAUAUUGCCUCCAAGUUUCCGAAGAGUUCUAUUUGUUUUGUGCAAGUAGGAACUAAAGACGUCUAAAUUUGUUAAGAAUUAAAUGGUCUCUGCAUUACUUGGAGUAUUCAAAUAGAACUGUUUUCUGGCCCCUUCACUAUCAUCUCGUCUUGGGCCUUGGUUUUGGGAUUGGUAAUAGCCAUAGGCAUUAGGGAAUUGUUGUAGAAAAUUCAAACAUUGUGUACACCAGCAAGAAAAGAUGAUUAUUUUUCCUGAAGCUUUUAACUUAUUUUUUGAUUGCAGAACUAUGGCGUAUUACAGCUUUAAAAUGGGCAUGCUGAAACAUGGCAUAUUAUCAAUGUAAAUUAGACAGUAGUCAGUAAAAUCAGAAACAAAAACAGAAGUUGCUAAAAAAAAAAAACAAGCUCAGCAGGUCUGGCAGCAUCGGUGAAGCAAAAUCAGAGUUAAUGUUUCGAGU